AUCACUCUGAGUCGCCCUUUGACGUGACCACUCAAGAAGAAAACGGAGUAGAAAUAAAGGAAGGGGAAAAAAUACGUCGGAGUUUUUUUCUUUUCCUAUCGGUCGACUUGUGUUGGACCCAACUGCUCACAGCACAAAAGAACAAAUAAGAGCUUUGGACGUCGAGGGAUUGCCUUACGGACCGACAAUGGCUGUGAACGUCUACUCCACCUCAGUGACCAGCGACAACUUGAGUCGCCACGAUAUGCUCGUGUGGAUCAACGACUCUCUUCAGAUGAACCUCACCAAGAUUGAGAUGUUGUGUUCGGGUGCUGCCUACUGUCAGUUCAUGGACAUGUUGUUCCCGGGCUCUCUGCCUUUGAAGAGAGUGAAAUUCGGCGCCAAGCUGGAGCACGAAUACAUCCACAACUUCAAGCUACUCCAGAUUGCCUUCAAAAAGAUGAGCAUCGACAAAAUCAUUCCAGUUGACAAGCUGGUGAAGGGGAAGUUCCAAGACAACUUUGAGUUUGUGCAGUGGUUUAAGAAGUUCUUUGACGCCAACUACUCUGAUAUCGGGUAUGACCCAGUGGAGGCCAGGAAAGGCCAGGACUUGGCGCCUACGCCCAACGCCACCACAUCUGCGCUGAACAAGACCCCAAAGAAGGCCAUCAAUCGGGCUGGCCAGAGGCCGCCAGUUGCCGCAGUCGCCCCCAAGGUGGUUACCGUCGCCGCCAGGAAGUCCGGGGGUGCCGCCGCCAACAAGGAUGGGGCGGAGGUCCUCUCAGAACUGGAGGACCUGAGGUGUACUGUUCAGGACAUCGAGAAGGAGAGAGACUUUUACUUUGGCAAGCUGCGGAACAUUGAGCUGAUUUGCCAGGAGAACGAAGGUCAGGGCGAUCCUGCGCUGCAGAGGAUUGUGGAAAUCCUCUACGCUACAGAUGAAGGCUUCGAGAUCCCAGAUGCCGACGAGCCAGAGGAGUUUUAGCACCGCUAGAUCGGAAGCAGUUUUUCCCCCUCCCCCCAUCCAACGCGGACGUCGUGAACGAUCCUCGACGUCUUCGCUCGCGUCCUGCAUGAGCGGACCUCCGCUGCCGGCGCCAGACUUGCAACUCCUCUGGCAACGAAAUUCUCUUCCUCCACGCCAGGAAGUAACUGAUGUUUGUAUCACACUUGAGUGUAGGAAAAUAUUCUGCCGUUUACUUGUAUGUACUGUACAUUAAUAAUCCAAUCUCGAUGACGUCCUCCAACAUUCUGACUCACAACCGGGUUGCCCCAGUUGUUUCGCUGUCAUUUUCAUCCAGUUAGGCAGCCGCAGCCACUGUGUGCCUCUCACUCACUCUCGUUUUGACAUUCGCAAUCGGUCCAGUUAUUUCGAAACAAGCCACCUGUGUCACACCACGUCGGUCAUAUUUGAUUGGAAUUUUACUCUCACCAAAUUCUGUUGGUUUUGGAAGGACCUUUCCCCUUUGUCAUGUGGGGGACUCUCAGUCUACACUUGUAACUCAAAAGUCAUAAACUGAUCGCGAUAAGUCCAACCAGGAAUCAGUGUUGUGUGGUCAUUGUACUAUGUGUGUUUGUGUGUGUAUGUAAAGAUGUUUGUAUCUUUUGGGAUAAUUCUUCGGGCGCCCUCCCUUCAGUGAUUGGGUAAUGAAAAGGCGCAAAGGUUUAAACGCUAGCAUCAGUCGGUCCUGCCAAAUCCUCGAGACAUGGAGCAGCCUCGUGCUUUGACAGCCUUUAACUGAGUGAAUGUUAACACACAAUCAGACGGUGCCUGCGUGUUCUAUUGCCUUCUUACCAAUAAAUGGACUGUUUUAAAAUCA